AUGUAUCCGACUCAGCACGUGGGUGGCGCACCCAUUGCGCAACCGCCUGCGACGCCUUUACCAAGAAGCGACGCGCCAGCUCCAGGACCCAGCAAUGUAACCUCGGACACAAAGGACAUUUCGGCUAUCACAGUGGACUCACGAAUUCCCGAAUUUUGGACAGACCAGCCACGUGUCUGGUUCAUUAGGGCUGAAUCCGUCCUAAAUCCACAAAAAUGCAGUGAUGAUGCCAAAUUCCAAGUACUUAUUUCGAAAUUGGGAAAGGCCCCUAUACAACAAGUCACAGAUAUUCUCUGCAGGCCGCCUGAUACUGGAAGGUAUGAAACUUUAAAAGCACGCUUGUUAGAUAUUUAUGAGGAAUCUGAGAACCGUCAGGUGCAGAAACUGAUUGGUGAGAUGGAGCUCGGCGAUCAAAAGCCCUCACAGCUUCUUCGCCGUAUGCGUGACCUCGCCAGGGACAAAAUACCUGAUGACACACUCCGAAUUUUAUGGCAAGGCCAUCUGCCCGCAGCUGUAAGAACCGUCCUGGCGAUUACUGAGACUAAGGACAUGGAGAAAUUAGCUGCCGCUGCAGACAAGGUAAUGGAGACGUUACAGCCGUCACAGUUAUCGGUCGUCGAAGUCAAAGUACCAGCUCAAACGAGUGGUAACAAGGAUAUAUUAACUGAGAUAGCAAAGUUGAGCAUCCGCAUGAGGAACAUGGAGCGAUUUCAACGUAAGGGAUCUCGUGACAUAAGCCAAGGUCGACGCUCGCGUUCCAGCUCCCGUGCUAGUGGCCAAUCUGGUGGUAAAACUAAGGAUCCGAAUAGGCUAUGUUUUUAUCACUACCGCUUCAAGGAACGAGCCAAUAAGUGCGUGCAGCCCUGUGCCUGGAAGGAGCAGAAAAACUAG